AUGGCUGACGCGAAUCCGCAGCAGGGCAUCACCAAGCUCUGGCGAAUCCGCCGGACUGUUGGCGAGAUGCUCCACGACCGGGGGUAUGUAGUUUCCGCGGCUUUUCGGAACGAGUCUCGCGCGGACUUCCAGCAGGCGUGGGAGCAGGCACAAGCGGACGGGGUCGGCCGGGAGCGAUUCGUCAUCCUCUGCUCCCACAAGGACAACACGGACGACAAAAUCUUAGUGUACUUCUACUUGCUACUUCUAGAUGGGAUAGGUUCAUCAAUACCUUCGCGGGGGUCAUGCCCUCUCGUUCCUCUCUGGUCCUCUAUGGACGACUUUCAUCAAUGUUGUACGGCGCCAAAACUACCGGUUUCCUCGUUGCACGCAUGAUGAACUGGUGUUUUUCCAGCAGCGUCCGCGGUUGCACUUGCUGACAAAGAAGAAGAAAUAAACAGAAAAAACUUUGCAAAAAGAAAUAAUUCCACAAACAGGUACUUCCCGGAUGACAGCAAGCGCGUGGGUGUAAAACCAAUACGCAUCCUGGCUGAGAAGAUGACGGAGAACGAUAUUAGUCACGCAAUUUUGGUCGUGCGGCAGAGCCUCACACCAUUCGCGAAGUCAGCCAUUGCCGAGACGUUGUCAAGGAUGCGCAUCGAGGUGUUCCACGAGAACGAGCUGGUCAUCAACAUCACAAAGCACGAACUGGUACCGACGCACGUGCCGUUAACUGCCGAGGAAAAGAGAUAUCUGCUUGAAAGGUAACAACUACUACGCGGGACGAUGCAGUUCUUUAGUUUGUUUUGAUGGAAAUUCAUCAACUUGGUGCCGCACUGAGAUUGGUAAAAAUCAUGCGUUCAACAUUUUGGUACACCAGCGGACGGCCAUAACUCUAAAAAUCAAAAACUAUCUACCCAUUAUUCAUGCAAACAGGUACCAACUGAAGCCAUCACAACUUCCGCGUAUCCAGAUGAAUGACCCCAUCGCACGAUAUUUUGGUUUGGAAAAGGAAAAGGUGGUGAAGGUCAUCCGGCCCAGUGAAACUGCUGGAAGAUAUGUCACCUACCGUCUGGUAGUGUGAUAACCUCUACUCCCAUACUGGUGGACCAGCGACGGCGUAUUAGUGGCUGCAGGAGCUACGACCAAGCAAGAACAGCGAGCGAGCGAAGCCUUGCACGAACAGGAAGCAUACUGCGGAGUUUGAUGCUGCACUCAAGUGGAGUUGUAUAGCGGUGACGCUACAAAUACAGCUGAGUGGGUGUUGGAAGAUGUUUCUUGCAUCGGGCAAAUAAGACGAACCGUCACCGCGCGAUGAUUGUUGUCAGGAUAGAUCUUCUGGUCGCUGCAUUUUUUGCUACAAGCGCAGCUGUGCGCCGCCACUACCUCCUACCUGACGCGAAUUAUAUGACAGGCUACUAUGCGCAUGUUUGUAUAAUGCUGGGUUCGCAUGUUUUCAUUGUUCCGCUGGUUCUCGAGAUGAAAAUAAAGAUGAUUUGUUUUUCCCGCCACAGCUUACAGCCCACUGGGGUGUAGUCAUGAUGUUCAAUCGAU